UCGUUCGCUGUAGGCCUUGGCUGUAUUCGCUGAAACCAAGGCUGAAGCGGAUCGAUAUUUUGGGAUUUUAUUCGAGUUUAUUCGAGUUUAUUCGAGGAAUCGGAGGGAUCAGAAUUAAGUUGCAUUUAGUAUUUACGAGUGGAGCUGCAUAUUCCAUCCGUCAAUGAGUUUUAAGAUUCAGGAAUGGACUCUAUUUAUGAAGUAUUUAUUCUAACCAGCUGUUUGAAAUUGCUCCUGAUCCCAGCAUACCGCAGCACGGACUUUGAGGUUCACCGUAACUGGCUGGCUAUCACACACUCCCUGCCGCUGGAGCAAUGGUACACAGAGAGCACGUCAGAGUGGACGCUGGACUACCCGCCGCUGUUCGCCUGGUUCGAGUACUGCCUGUCGCAGCUGGCCGCCUUCUUCGACCCCAGAAUGCUGGAGGUGCAGAAUCUCAAUUACGCCUCGCCAGCCACGAUCCUGUUUCAACGCCUGACUGUCAUCGCUAGCGACUUUGUGCUUCUGGUCGGCGUAAAAAAGUGCGCGGACACUGUCCCCGGCCAGGGGACCUACCUGACCUCUCCCCGGGUGCGACUGGCGGCGCUGACUCUGGGCAGCGCCGGUCUUAUCAUGGUGGAUCACAUCCACUUCCAGUACAACGGCCUGCUGAUCGGACUGCUGCUCAUCAGCUACGCGCACAUGACGCAGGGCCGCUUCCUCAAGUCGGCGUUCUUCUUCACGGUGCUGCUGAACAUGAAGCACAUCUUCCUGUACCUGGCGCCGGCCUACUUUGUGUUCCUGCUGCGGAACUACUGUGUGACGAUCCCUGCCGGUGGCUGGCUGCCUCGCCCGCAGCUCGCCAACACUGCCAAACUGGGUCUGGUGGUGCUGGGUGUGUUCGGCCUGUCUCUGGCGCCGUUCGUCGCGCUCGGCCAGCUAUCCCAGUUGAUGUCCCGUCUGUUCCCGUUCAAACGCGGACUGUGCCACGCCUACUGGGCUCCCAACAUCUGGGUUUUCUAUAACCUGGUUGACAAGCUCGCAGUGUUCGGUGCGCGGCGUCUCGGUGUGUCGGUGCCCGGCUCGGGGGCGGCCUCCAUGACCGGCGGUCUGGUACAGGACGUGGAGCACGCCCUGCUCCCUGCCGUUCGUCCGGCGGCCACGUUCACGCUCAGCGCGGCCGCCAUGCUGCCCGCCCUGGUCACCCUGUGGCGCCGGCCGGCCGACGCGGCCGCCUUCCUGCGCGCGCUGGUCCAGUGCGCGCUGUGCUCGUUCCUGCUGGGCUGGCACGUGCACGAGAAGGCCGUGCUGCUGGCGGUGGUGCCUCUGGCGGUGCUGGCGCUGCGCAGCGGGCCGGAGGCGCGGCUCUACCUGCUGCUCUCGGCGGCCGCUCACGUAUCGCUCGGCCCGCUGCUGUUCGCCGGCCGAGAGGCGCCGGCGCGGCUCCUGCUGGCCGGUCUGCACGCCGGGUACGCGGCGCACGCGCUGCCGGCCGCCGCCGGCCCGCCCAGCCGCGCCUACACCGGCUACCUGGCCGGUCUGGCGGCCGUGGCCGUGUAUGACGUCAUUGGACACCGGGCGCUCGGCCUGGAUGGCCGGUGGCCGUUCCUGCCGCUGCUGAUGACGUCACUCUACUGUGCAGUGGGCGUGGUCUACUGCUGGCUGGCGCUCUACUGGCAUAUGCUGUUCCGGGUAGAGGGAGGACAGAAAAUCAAGGUGCGCUAGUCGCACCGCCAUGUGAUACAAAUUAUGGGUUUAUCGUGUGCCUUGGGUGUUAUUUGGCCAUGUCAAUUGCCAGUACCUGUUUUGGGGAUUCCCUUGUGUGUUUCACUAGGGGAUGGGUCCACACAAUACACAAUCCUUUUCUAUAAAAGAUGUAUUUGAUCACUUCGGCAAAGUAAAGCUCAGUGUCCCUAAGAUGGGCGACUCCAAUUCCGUUCCAAUCUUGGAGACCAUUGUCAUGUGAGAAAAUACAGCGUCGUGUUGAAGGUUGGAACGGAAUGAGAAAAUAUCACUGAUAUUGACUAACAAA